AGAAUGAGUAUGCUGGUAAUUCUCCUGAACUGUGUCACUUUGGGCAUGUUCCACCCUUGUGAAGACAUGGGCUGCGACUCUCCACGCUGCAAGAUCCUCCAGAGCUUUGAUGAUUUUAUCUUUGCCUUCUUUGCGGUGGAAAUGAUAAUCAAGAUGAUUGCCUUGGGGAUUUUUGGGAAGAAGUGCUACCUGGGAGACACGUGGAAUCGUCUGGAUUUUUUUAUAGUUUUAGCUGGCAUGCUGGAAUACUCUUUGGACUUGCAGAAUGUCAGUUUCUCAGCUGUUCGGACAGUCAGGGUACUCCGGCCUUUGAGAGCUAUUAACAGAGUUCCUAGUAUGCGCAUCCUGGUCACCCUGCUUUUGGACACACUUCCUAUGUUGGGGAAUGUCCUCCUUCUCUGUUUCUUUGUCUUCUUCAUCUUUGGUAUUGUUGGAGUCCAGCUUUGGGCAGGGCUGCUUAGGAACCGCUGCUUUCUACCUGAAAACUUCAGUCUGCCUUACACACUGGAGCUGGAAUCCUACUAUCAGACAGAGAAUGAAGAUGAAAGCCCUUUUAUCUGCUCCCAGCCUCGAGAAAAUGGGAUGCGGGAUUGCCGCAGUGUUCCCAUACGGAGGGAGGAAGGCCUGGUGUGUACCCUGAACUAUUAUUCCUACAACGACACCAGCAACACCUCUUGUGUCAACUGGAACCAAUAUUACACAAAUUGUUCUGCCGGGGAGCACAACCCUUUCAAAGGAGCUAUCAAUUUUGAUAACAUUGGAUAUGCAUGGAUUGCAAUAUUUCAGGUCAUCACCCUGGAGGGCUGGGUAGAUAUCAUGUACUUCGUCAUGGAUGCUCAUUCCUUCUACAACUUCAUCUAUUUCAUUCUCCUGAUCAUUGUGGGCUCUUUCUUCAUGAUAAAUCUCUGCCUCGUGGUCAUAGCAACCCAGUUCUCAGAGACCAAGCAGCGAGAGAGCCAGCUAAUGAAGGAGCAGCGAAUCCGCUACCUCUCCAACGCAAGCACGUUGGCUAGCUUUUCGGAGCCAGGAAGCUGUUACGAUGAACUUCUCAAAUACCUUGUCUAUGUCCUUCGGAAGGCCGGCAAGCAAGUGGUAGAAACUUGUUGGACCACAGGGGUAAAGAUGGGCUUUCUCUCCAGCCCACGCAGUAAGAACAGCACAGAGAGACAACUGUGCAAACAUCAUCCGCAGAAAAGGUCAUCAGUACAUCACCUCAUUCACCAUCACCAUCACCACCAUCACCACUAUCACCUAGGCAAUGGAAGCCUACGGGCCCCACGAGCCAGUCCAGAAAUUAGUGAUGUGGAAACCAGCUCCAUUCACAACGGUGCCAAUCGGUUGAUGCUUCCUUCAGUAGUCAAUCCUUCUCACAUGGCACCGGGCAACACGGAAUCUGUUCACAGUAUCUACCAUGCAGACUGCCAUUUUGAGCCAAUUCAUUGCCAAUCAUCUCUCUCUCAGACUGGUCUCAGUUUGCCGGGACCUGAGGUGCUCCCCAGGACCAUGGUUGGCAGCAAGGUUUACCCAACAGUACACCCAAGUAGCUCCCACGAGCUCCUCAAAGAUAAAGGUUUUCCAGAGUCCGCAUUGAACCCCGGGACUAGCACGCUGAUGAAUCUUAACAUCCCUCCAGGGCCUUAUAGUCCAAUGCAGAAGAUACUGGAAACACAGAGCACUGAUCCCUGUCAAAGUUCCUGCAAGAUUUCCAACAAAGGGGGCAAACCUGAUAAUAUUUGCAGCCCAGAAAGUUGUCCCUAUUGCACAAAAACUUUGGCUAACAAUCCAGAGCUGAAGGAUCAUGAGGCAGGAGACUCCGAUAGCGAUGUGGUAUAUGAAUUCACCCAGGAUGCUCACUACAGUGACCAGCGAGACCCUAAGCGCCAGAAAGCUCGGGGAAGAAAAACACGAAAAUUUCUAGCCUUCUGGAAGGUGGUUUGCGAGACGUUUCGGAAGAUUGUGGAUAGCAAAUACUUUGGCCGUGGCAUCAUGAUUGCUAUCUUGAUCAAUACUCUCAGCAUGGGCAUUGAAUAUCACGAGCAGCCAGAAGAACUCACCAAUGCUCUGGAAAUCAGCAAUAUUGUGUUUACUAGCCUCUUUGCCCUAGAGAUGCUUCUGAAGCUUCUUGUGUAUGGCCCUUUUGGUUACAUCAAAAAUCCUUACAAUAUCUUUGAUGGAAUCAUUGUAGUGAUCAGUGUGUGGGAGAUUGUUGGACAGCAAGGUGGAGGCUUAUCUGUUUUAAGAACCUUCCGUCUUAUGCGAGUUCUAAAACUGGUCCGGUUUAUGCCUGCUCUUCAACGCCAAUUAGUGGUCCUCAUGAAAACAAUGGACAAUGUGGCCACCUUCUGUAUGUUACUGAUGCUCUUCAUCUUUAUCUUCAGUAUCCUUGGGAUGCAUCUCUUUGGGUGUAAGUUUGCCUCAGAGAGAGAUGGAGACACUCUCCCUGACAGGAAGAAUUUUGAUUCCUUGCUCUGGGCCAUUGUUACUGUUUUCCAGAUUCUGACCCAGGAAGACUGGAAUAAAGUCCUCUACAAUGGCAUGGCUUCUACCUCUUCCUGGGCCGCUCUCUACUUCAUAGCCCUCAUGACAUUUGGAAAUUACGUUCUCUUUAAUUUGUUGGUUGCUAUCUUGGUGGAAGGCUUUCAGACGGAGGAAAUCACCAAACGGGAAGCAGCGAGUAGGCAGUUAAGCUGUAUUCAGCUGCCUGUCGACUCGUCAGUGGGGGAUGCUACUAAGUCCGAUUCUGAGGGGGAACUUUUCCCCCAUAGUUUGGAAGAAGAGUGUGGACUUAAGAAAAAUUUUUCAAAUCCAGCUUUGAUGGCUCUUUGUGACCGCCCAGAGCUAAAGAAGAGCUUGACUCCCCCACUUAUCAUUCACACAGCUGCUACACCCAUGUCCAUGCCAAAAAGUGCCAUCCAUGGAGAAGUGGCUCAGGACUAUGGUUCCCGAAGAGCUAGUGGCAUCUCCAUGGAUCCUAAUACAUUUGAUCUCAAAUCCCCGGUCAGUGCCCGGAGUUCUCCACAUAGCCCAUGGAGUGCAGGAAGUAGCUGGAACAGCCGCAGGUCGAGCUGGAACAGCAUUGGGCGGGCACCUAGCUUGAAACGCCGUACAAACCACAGCAGUGAACAUAAAUCGCUUUUGUCAGGGGAUGGGAAGCAGAGUUCAGAAGAAGGGGACAGCUCGGAUGAAGAGCAGUCCAGCAAGACUGGGAGCAUCAACGGCUCUAUACCUCACCGCAUGGAGUCACUAGAAACCAAAGGCUCCUUUGACUUCCAAGAUACCCUGCAGGUGCCUUCUCUUUACCGGACCAGCAGCAUCCAUAGUAGCCACAGCUCUGCAGCAGACUACAAUGGCAAAGCCACCUCAAGAGUCUUGAUUCAGCAGCUUCAUUUGGAUGAUCCACUCCCGGAAUGUGAUGACAUGGAUGAUGAAGGCAAUUUAAGUAAAAAGGAUCGCAUGAAGGCUUGGAUAAGGGCACGCCUCCCUUCCUGGUGCAAGGAGAGAGAUUCCUGGUCUAUCUACAUCUUUCCUCCUCAAUCUAAAUUCCGUGUCAUAUGCAAUAAAAUCAUUUCCCACAAGAUGUUUGAUCACAUUGUCUUGGUUAUCAUUUUCCUGAACUGUAUCACCAUUGCAAUGGAGCGUCCCAAAAUUGAGCCCCACAGUGCUGAACGGAUUUUCCUCACUCUCUCCAACUAUAUUUUCACAGCAGUGUUCUUGGCUGAAAUGACCAUCAAGGUGGUGGCUCUGGGCUUGUGCUUCGGAGAGAAGGCCUACUUGCAAAGCAGUUGGAAUGUGCUGGAUGGGGUAUUGGUCCUCAUCUCUAUGGCUGACAUCCUGGUUUCAAUGGUUUCUGAUAGUGGAACAAAAAUCCUUGGAAUGCUAAGGGUUUUAAGGCUUUUGCGGACUCUCAGGCCAUUAAGGGUCAUCAGUCGAGCACAAGGGUUGAAGUUGGUUGUGGAAACCCUGAUGUCCUCCCUGAAGCCCAUUGGAAACAUUGUUGUAAUUUGCUGUGCUUUUUUCAUCAUUUUUGGCAUCUUGGGAGUCCAGCUGUUCAAGGGGAAGUUUUUUGUCUGCCAAGGGGAAGACACAAGGAACAUUACCAACAAGUCAGACUGUGCAGAAGCCAACUAUAAAUGGAUCCGGCACAAGUAUAAUUUUGAUAAUCUUGGCCAGGCUUUAAUGUCUUUAUUUGUUCUGGCAUCUAAAGAUGGGUGGGUGGACAUCAUGUACGAUGGAUUGGAUGCUGUAGGAGUAGACCAACAGCCUGUCAUGAACUAUAACCCUUGGAUGCUUCUCUACUUUAUCUCCUUCCUGCUGAUUGUUGCCUUCUUUGUGCUCAACAUGUUUGUGGGGGUCGUGGUGGAGAAUUUCCAUAAAUGUCGUCAGCAUCAGGAAGAAGAAGAAGCCAAGAGACGGGAAGAGAAGAGGCUCAAACGCCUGGAGAAAAAGAGAAGGAAUCUAAUGCUGGAUGAUGUAAUAAUGGACAGCUCAGCCAGUGCAGUGCCAGAAGCACAGUGUAAACCGUACUACUCUGAUUAUUCUCGCUUCCGACUUCUGAUUCACCAAAUGUGCACCACCCAUUACCUGGAUUUAUUCAUCACAGGUGUGAUUGGCCUCAAUGUCAUCACCAUGGCUAUGGAGCAUUACCACCAGCCCAAGAUCCUUGAGGAAGCUCUGAAGAUCUGCAAUUACAUUUUCACAAUCAUCUUUGUCAUGGAAUCGGUUUUCAAGCUCGUAGCAUUUGGGUUUCGUCGGUUCUUUCAAGAUAGAUGGAAUCAAUUGGACCUAGCAAUUGUCCUCUUGUCCAUCAUGGGGAUCACGCUGGAAGAGAUUGAGGUGAAUGCAUCACUGCCCAUCAACCCUACCAUUAUUCGCAUUAUGAGAGUCCUCAGGAUUGCUCGAGUGUUAAAAUUGCUGAAGAUGGCUGUAGGGAUGAGAGCUCUUCUGGAUACAGUCAUGCAAGCACUGCCUCAGGUGGGGAAUCUAGGUCUCCUCUUCAUGUUGUUGUUUUUCAUAUUUGCAGCUCUUGGAGUGGAGCUGUUUGGGGAUCUUGAAUGUGAUGACACUCAUCCUUGCGAGGGUUUAGGGAGGCAUGCAACAUUUCGCAACUUUGGAAUGGCUUUCCUCACACUCUUCCGUGUAUCCACAGGAGACAAUUGGAAUGGGAUAAUGAAGGACACAUUGCGGGACUGCGAUGAGGAAUCCACCUGUUACAACACCGUCAUCUCGCCUAUCUACUUCGUCUCUUUUGUGCUGACAGCCCAGUUUGUCCUGGUGAAUGUGGUGAUUGCUGUCCUGAUGAAGCACCUGGAGGAGAGUAACAAGGAAGCUAAAGAAGAAGCAGAACUGGAGCUGGAGUUGGAAAUGGAAAUGAAGACAAUUACACCGGGUGUGCAGCCCCCUUCUGACUCUUUCAUGUGGACAAGCGGUAACACAGGAGAAUGGCCUGAGAGUCCUGGAGGAUACGCCAACCCCAUGCAAAUCAAAGUGAAUUCUCAGCUGUCCGUGGUUCAUCCUAUGGAAAGACACUUGUUUGAUACCAUAUCACUGCUGAUCCAGGAAUCUCUGGAAGGAGAGUUGAAGCUGAUGGACAACCUGUCAGGCUCUGUAUGCCAUCAUUAUGCCCUUCCAACUACUGACACUUACAACCCUGAGAAACAGACCGAUCUUCCUUCCAUUAAUGACCCCCUGAUUCUCUCAUCAAACCAGGAUCUGCUGAGAGUAGGGAAGACUUCUGUGGGUCGCACCCACUCUCUGCCGAAUGACAGCUAUAUGUUUCAGGCGCCAGAUGCUGGCCCCUAUGAUGCUGGCCCCUUGGGAGAAAAAAACUCAUCUCAUCAAAAAUCUCAAUCAGGGUCAACAACAUCAGUGCAGUCUCAGCCUGCAAGCACUGAUGCUGCUUUACACAUUGCAAGGAACCGAUUCCACCGUCUCAAGCCCCAAUACAAUCUCAACUGGGAAAACAAGCCCAACGUUGCUUCACCUGCGCGUUCUCCAUGUGCAGAACGCUUACUUCGCAGACAGAUGGCCAUACGGAAUGAUUCUUCGGAUACUCAUAGUUCAGAAAGCAGAGAGAACCUCCAUGCCGAGGUGAGUGAGCUCUCUGAUUCCAAUUUGUCAGCCCCGUCCACCGAGGACCUUUCUAUCACUUUGACAUCCUCGGAAGCAAGAGAGUCUGCCAGCUGGGCCCGAUCCAGUGUUCACACUCAGCAACAUUCCCGCAAUCAAUAUAACAUCUCCAAGCAUGUUCCAGAUUUGUGUGCCUGUACAGACUCUCUUCAGGAACUACCUGGGGAUCCGCUGGACCAAGAAGUAUCAGAAAUAAACAGCUGUUUUACUUCAGGAACUUGUUCAGCCAUGAGUGCCUCAUCAGUGGUCCAGCCUGAGACCCCUAAGAGAAAUGUAGGCAACAGUGGCAAUGUUCCUUUGAAGGACCUGAAGAAAUGCUACAGUGUGGAUACACAAGGUCUUCUUAAAAAACCGUCAUCGUGGUUAGACGAUCAAAGGAGACAUUCCAUAGAAAUUUGUUCCAUGGAAAACAGCCCCCAACAUCAUUCCACCUCUAGUUCUUCUGGCUUCAUCAGUCAGGUCUUCAGUGAAAUGGAGGGCUUGCAAGGGACACGGCCAAAGAAAAAAAUGAGCCCCCCAUGUAUAUCCAUAGACCCUCCUGAGGAACAGAGGUUGCUACUAAGGAGGUCUUGCACCGCGUCCCCUUCCAGUGCAGAUGUUUGCUUGAGAAGACGUGCACCAUCUUGGGACUCCAAGGACUCAGUGGAUGGAGGGGACUCAACCCUCCCAGACAGUCUGUCAAUAACUCCAACUCCAAAGAAAGACUUGCUGACACUCCCUAGUUUUUCCUUUGAUCAACCAGAUGUCGACCCUUGAAGUGGUUUCUUUUCUGUUACUGGUGCCAAACAUUUUCCCCACUUUCCCUCAUGUAAUAAAUUAAACCUCUCUAUUCUAAAACGGCACUGAUUUUUUUAAAUAUCCAAAGUUUAAAAAAGAGCUAGCUGGUAGAAGAAUGGUUAAGCUAUAUCAUGCUUACUUAAGCAUAAGUUCUGCUUGGGUAAAAGCAAUACAUUGUUCAGAGUCUAUAUGUAUAGUCUAUUUUAUUAAAUUAAUUGAACCUAGUAUUGCAGUAUGUAGUACAUUUUGUGGCUUAAAAACCUGGUUUAUUUUCUCUUGUUUUAUGUACCUCAGAAUAUUCCUGAAACUAUGUUGAUAUUUUUUUUAAAAAAAUGAAUAUUUUGACCUUUAAAAUUACAUAUUUAACCCUCCCUCUUUUUUCUUUAUUCUUUCUUUUAUUUUCUUUUGCAAAGCACAAGAUGUAGCCAUUAGUGCAUUACAGAGAAUAUGUGCCCCGUAUUAGACCAUAAAUAAGAAUUGUUGCAAUUAUAAUGCAUUUCAUGGACUGAACCAUCCACUAUUUUCUGCAGAGAUUAGCCAUAUCUAUUUCCAAAUUGGAUUUUAUUACAGUGCAAAGCAAAAGGAAAUACAGAAAUUAAACAAUGAACAGAGUAUAAAUAGACAGAUUUGCAAAAAAUGCCCAUUACAUUGAUAAUUCAACUGCUUUCCGGCAAUAUGCAUUCAUAUAUGUUGUCAUGACUUUCCAUAACAAUCUCCAAAAUCUUAUGGAGCCAGAAUACUUAGGAUGAGAAACAUUCUCUGGUUCCACUGGUAGGUUGGAAGAGAAGGGGGGAAACUGAUACUCCAGCUAUUUCCUUACCCCUAAAAUCUUAUUUCACUCUCUCUUUCGGUGGAAGAAGCUAACCUGAGAGUCAAGGGCAGCUGCUUACAAAUCCAUCUCAAUUGGAACGUUUCACGCCCAUUUAUCCAAGUAGAAUGGACACUUCCUUACUUAUGAGCAACUUCAGUCCUUAACUAUCAUUUUUGUUUAGCUUUAUGAAGUGCAACCAUUGCUCUAUGGAAAAGGCUAUGCUUCCCUGAAACUCAGUCUCUGUAGUGGCAGAUAUUCAGUGUCUAACAACAGGAAUACGUCCUUUGACUUGGGACAUGUAGUAUGAAUGUCUACCUUCUGUUUAUUCCAAUGGCACCCGCUGCUAUGAAAGGGAUAGAAGGUCAGAGACGUACAACUGAAAUGAGUGAAUCGUAUGGAUGGAAAUCAGAUUUGCCACAGGUACAGCAGGCAAAGUUUCCUACUAUUUAUUCACACCCCUACAGAUAUGAGAUACGCUAAACAUGUCAGGCUACUGUGACAGGCACAACAUGGACCAGUGAAGGGGUGUGUGUAUCCUGAUCAGUGUGUAGUUCAACUGCUCUAGUUCCCACUAGACAGACCGAGAACACUGUUGUCAUUCAGUGUGUCCUCAUAAAGGAGUCCUCUAAGGUGAAUGCUGAGGAUUUUUCAAAAUAGCCUCACAUUCUGCAGUAGGAGAAUUGUGUGAAGGAACUUUAAGUUACAUUAACUUCUAAUCAAUCAAAUGUAGAGGCAGCCCAGAGUGACUUCAUUAAUUUGCAAUUUAAUGAUCAGACAUCUAGAAUGAUUACUUCUUCUCCUCUUCCUCCUCAUCACCAUCUUCACAAUCAAAGAAAUUGUAGAAAUUAAAUGAGGCCUCUCCCCCCCCCCCAUACAGGGGGCAUCAUAUACCCAAACAAGACUGGCAGUUACAAAAUUAAAUGCAUUGUUGUUGUUUUUUCACUUAAAUAGAUACUGAUUUGCAAUAUUGCAAUCCCCUCACACGCAUUCUUUUUCUACUAGCCUUGCUUAAGAGAGAGAGACCCCAAUUGUAUUUUGCUAUUCAAAUAAUUAUAAAAGAAAAGUCCUAGAAAGGUUCAAUUCUUUCUUCUCCCCACUUAAAUCAAGAUGUUUUAUUUAGCAGAUUAUAGUCCUGUAGACUAGAGCGCCUCUAGUCUACCACUUAUAAACUCACAUGCCGUUUCUUCCAUGCAAGUUAAUUCCAGUUGGCAUUAACCUCACUCGGCUUUAACCAUUCAUGCCAAGUCCUAGGCAUCUUUUCUCCAUUUUAGUGGAGUGCCAGGAUUCAAUUUUCAGUGCCAGAGCUUAACCUUGGAACAGAAGAACAAAUAGAUUAAAAAUGCCCCAAGCAUAUCCUUUUUUUUUUUUAGUUCUAAAAAAGCAGCAGAAAUUCCCCAUUGUGGUAAGGCUUUUUAAGUCAAAAGCCUUUUUUUCCUAGAAUGCUAUGAUCCACAGAAUUAUUUUCCAAGAAAUUAAGCAUUGGGGAUAACCAUCUGACUUCCACAGAUGCCACCAUGGAAACAGCAGAUCUUGCCCAAUAAUAGUGUGGUGUUUUGCAUUAGGUGCUUUUACAGCAUUUUAUUAUUAUUAUUUCUGCCCUAAUACAAAAGAUGAUCUCAAAAUACUGCUCUUCUAUUUAUACAAGUAGUCCUUGAUGUACGAUCAAUUGUUUAAUGAUCAUUCAAAAUUAUGACAGCGCUGAAAAAGUGACUUACUAUAUUGUUCCUCACACUUAUGAUCACUGCAAUGUCCCCACAAAAUUUGGACAUUUAGCAACCGGCAUGCAUUUGUGGCAGUUGCAAUAUCCCAGGAGGGUUACAUGAUCCUGCCAUUUGAAAUCUCCUCAGGGGCCUUCCAACAAGCAAAAUCAAGGGAAGGAGCUGGAGUUGCUUAAUGUCCAGAGCAAAAAGUUUGUAAAAUCUGGUGCAACUCACUUAAUGAUUGCCUCGCCUAGCAUUGGGAAUUCUGCUCCCAAAUUGGUCAAAAGUAGAAGACCAUCUGUAUACCUUUUAUCAGAUAAUUUGAGACAGACUCGUUCCUUCAAACCUUCUCAAAAUCUUCUCAACUGAGUUGCAAGCAUACUUGGGCUUCAUCUGUUAAAAAUUAACCCUUUCACUAGAAAGAAACUCUUACUAGAAGAUCUAGUUAGAACACUCUGAAUAUCUUACAGUCUCCAGCUCUCUCUUGUACACAAGUAACUUGACAAAUAUAAGAUGCAGUAGAAAGUUAGUUUUUGCACAUACCUCUGAUUUCUUGUGUUCAAGAAAAAGCAUGACUCUUCAGAUAAAUCAGUAUUGUGCAUAUCCAAGGAUCCUCAGAUUUAUGCUGGCAUAAUUUGGGGAGCCUUUUCAGAGUCCAAAUGUGAAUUUGUCAGUAUUGAUGUGAUCAAAUGGCUCUUUUCUAUGGAUCACAUUGCCCCUUUAUUCAUUCUUAAAAAUAAUAAUAAGAUAAAAUGACCUUGCUUUUCAAGCUACAUGACUAUUUUUGCUAAAAUAAUUGAUUUCAGCUUAAUCUCUCUGUUAAAUGUAUUUACCAUUGCAGUCUUAAUAAAUGCUUUAAACCCAGAAUAUCUUUAAUAUAUAUUCUAGGUAAUGUGCUCAUAUAGACCAUAUUUUGUUAAAUAUAGGAACUAAACCAAACAUAAAUAUUGAUUGAAAACAAUAUUAUAAUCAUAUUUUAAAACCCAGUUUGAAUAUGAGGAUAUAAUUUUAAACACUGAAACCUGUAUCUUUAUGAUUAUAAAAUCAACUCACAUUGGACACUCCUAAAAACACACUCCAAAUGAUUUUUGACAACUGGUAAUGGUUUAAAUAAACAAUGGGCAUUGUUUAUCAGAGUCUUCAAAAUGCUCCAUACCAUUAGACUCUUACUUUAGUGCCACCCUGCUUGUGGAAAAUUAGAAACAUUCAAUUUAUAACACUGUCAUUAUUCCAGUCCAUUGAGUAGGAAAUGAAAUCUAACCAGGUCACCAACUCAAAUUAGACUACUCUUCUUGAAUCAUUUUAAUAUAUAGGCAAUUAGUGUGAUUCUUACAAAUUAGUUUGUUGUGAUCUUCUCAUGUAAAAUGUAGGAAAAAGCACAAUAUGAUGAUCUAAAUGAUUUCAGUCCUUUAUUUUUGGCUUAAUUACUUGGUUUCUCUACAUCGAAGCCAGCUGCCGAUAAUCAACCUUAUGUAUAGUGAAGGAAUUGUAUCCCUUGUUUUGUCACUCUCUCUCAUGUAAUCAUGCUCCUCUGAACAUUUUCCCAUUCAUCCAUCAUGUUUAUCCCCAAGCUCUGUACACCUACAGUAUGGCUUUCCCAAAAUAGAACUCAGAUCAAUUUGACGUGUGAAGACAAUAAAGUUAAUGAGACAGAGCAAUGCAGAAGCAUCAGAAUUAGGCAAUAUGACCCUGCGGGACAACUCACCACAGCCGACUUGCCGUGGACAACUCUCUAUGGUCAACUCACCGCAAGACAAUUCAAUACAAAAUACAAAUGUACAAAAGUUAAAUUAAUUUUUGAGAGAAGUGUGACCAAUGAUAACAAAAUAAAUUCAAUGCAGAAAUACCAAAGUUACAAUAGUUUCAAUGAAAACAUGGUCACCAGUAAUAAAAGUAACUGAAUGAAACAAUUAGUAUAACAUUCAAUUGUCCCACAACGAGUUUGGCCAUGGUGAAUUGGCUGGGGUGAGUUGUCCUAGACCCCUCUUCUAGACCUUUUACAUAGUCACAAAUAUCUGAAUCAGCUCUUCUGCUAACAGCCUAAUUUGCUAAGGCAACCAAAGGCCUGCAGUAUCUACAGUGGUUAAAAUGUGUACUAGUUGUCUAGUAAUAUGAAAUCAAUUGUGUCCUACACCUUCAAUACCUAAUCUCUGAGUAAGGUGUAAAGUGCAAUAUAUUAGGAAGAAACUAGAAUGAAAAAUGUAGCCUGCUUUGAAAUGAGAGGAACUAUCACCACUCAAAUUAAAAAAGGGUUUAAAUUAAUAGAUUUUCAGUGCUUGGGAAACAUUGUGCUUGGGAAGAAUGUUAAUAAAACUAAGGAGUUGCUUCAUGGAAUUAUAUUCAAUAAAGACCAAUCAAUACAUAACUUACUGUAAGCUAAUGCAUUCAGGAAAAUAAAGCAUGCAUACUUUGUGAUACAAAUAUUUUCUACUUGCCCUUUUGAAAAAAUCGAAUUGAAGUACUACUGUAUGUGCAAUAAUCUUCAUGGGAUUUUAAAUAACUUUGGGUUGGGCCUUUUUUAAAUAACAUUAGACUUUUUUAUAAAAAGCAAAACACAAUGGUUCUGAAGAGAUGUACAUCAAUUCUGUAGAAUGGUUCUGUUCAUAAUUUUUGUAUUUAUUUUUUUUAGAAAUCACUAGAGCAGUGUCUAUUCCUGCCAAGCGUCUUAGUACUAGAAGUGAACUGAGGUCUUGCCUUUUAAUGAAGACUUAGGAGAAAGAUUGGUUCUAUGUUAAGGUUUUGAUUUGGUUUUUUCCCUGCUUUCCCAAAGGUCAAUUAAAAUUUAUUGCCCAGUUCUAAACACAUUUUGAGGAGGUGGGGAAGAUGGGUAGUUGCUCACAGAUGCAAUCCUUACUGACCCUGCUCUUGGUCAGUUGUCUCUCUCUUUAUGGAAGAGAUUUUCCCAAAGGAAAGUGGCUGAGGCCAGACUGGGGGAGAAAAAAAAAUUGGCCAGUACCUCCAGUUGGAAGAGUCUUACACCCAUGGCACGAAUGGAAUUCUGAAAUUAAUAUAGCUGUGUAUUAGUCUGUCUUUGAUCAUGAUAAGCCGUACUAUAAACUUCAGUUUGUCAAUGUAGUUUAAAAAGUAAGCUACAAACUUAACAUACACUUUCUAUGAUUCCAGUGAGAUGUCUGUUCUAUGUUGUAUAGCUUAAAAUAGUUGAUCCCAGCUGCAUUGUAUAGCUUUAUGCACAUAUUUAGUACAUAUAUGCUAAAUUAAGAACGAGGACGACAUUUAAGAAAAGGGCUCUACAGAUGAGACUGGUUUAAGGUCUGAACUCUGCUAAUAUUAAUACAUUAGUAUAUUGGAAAGCUUGAUUACAGGACAAAGCAGCACCUGAAUGAGUAAUCUUGAAAGAAAUAUUAUAGCUUUUAUUAUUGUUAUGGAAAGAAAUAUUUUGUUACGCUAACAGUUUUGGUCAUAGGCUAAUUUAUGAAUGUUUAAGACACUGACUUUUGGAUUUAAAUGUCCAUUUUUAAUCAAAUAAAAAUCUUAAAUAAAUCAACAGCCCUACUGAGAUAUAAUGUAUGCUACAAAUAAGUAGGCUAACUCAAUGUUGUAAUCAUUAUAGAAGAGGGGGAAAAACCUUGUGUGAUUUGAUCAUCAUUUAUAGGAAUAUGAUAUAUAUUUUGUUCAUUAAGACUUUGGUGCAUCUGAGUGUGUUUAGAACUGGAUUUUUCUCUAGCUCUCUCCAAUGCUGCAGCUCUACAUUAUUUUUUAAAAUGUAUUAAUCAAAAAAAUUAUUUCUGUUCCUAAUCCCCCAUGGCAAGUUCUAUCCAGUUUGUUUCAAAGCACACCAGCACUUUAAUACUAUGGACUUAGUGUCUGCUGGUAAGAAGAGACAAUUCUGUUUUUGCCAGGUUAUAGUAAUUUAUGAGGGUAAAGGUUUGCUACCACCUCAAAAGGGGGGGGGGAGACGAUGUAAAUUCUAUAUUUGCAAACAUUGCACAUAGUAUUUCUAUACCUUUUAGAGAGAUUACAGGUUAUUUAAACUGCAGAUAAUUUGGAAGAAGAAAAACAAUAAAUACUUUUUUGGCUUCUGUAGAAUGUACUCAACUGAAAAAGAAAAUAAGUUUUACGGGCUAACAAUGCGCCCCUUCUUUCCUUCUGUGCCCCCUGACUAUAGUAACCCAUGUAGAAUCUUUCACAAAAAUUACUAGAGUAGCCACAGUACCAAUGUCCAUAAACAAUCUAGUAACUAUUUUAGAACUUUGUAUUUAAUAAUCAACUUAUUGUUAUAUCAUAUCAGGUACAGAGACUGAAAACUGGGUAUAUGGUCAGGGAAACAAAAGGUGAAAUGAAUGGGGA